GCGGCCGCGAUGGGGUGCGCGGCGUCGGCCGCCGACGGGGCCGAGCUCCGGCGGCGGGGGUGGGCGCGGGCGGGGGAGCCGGGGCACAGCGAGGCGUCCACCUCGGGUCUGCUGGCGCCGCCGCACCAGCAGGAAGGGCAGGAGGCCGAGUCGUCGUCCGGGGGCAGGAGGCGAGGGUGCAAGGUGGCGCCGGAGCCCAAGGAGCUGGAGGAGGGGACCGCCGCGCUCCCGUCGAUGCCCGGCUCGCCGAGCUUCAGGUACUACUGCCAGAAGAAGACGGCGGCCGUCGAUAGGAUCGUGGCUGAUGCCAUCGACGCCGAUGACACCGUCAGGAUCAGAGCGACGGCGCGACAGCUGAGCAAUAGGAGCGAAAUCACGGCAAACAAGGCACAGGACUCCAACGAGGUCUCUCAACCUAAAGGGGGGACCAAAUGGCUUAGGUUCAGUGGCUUGUCGAUCGUCGCUGCCGCUUGGCACAAGCACAACUUGUUCAGCCGCCAAAGAAGCAAGCCUUCGCCGCCUCCUGCUGCCGCUUCAGAUGCAAGCUCCCAACCCUGAUCAGGCAGCGCUAUAUGGGAUCUUCUACAUUUUACUACGUCUCAGCUUAUAAAAACACACACGCAUGGCUCAUUCAGUCAUCGUUUAUGAUGCAUCGAUGCUGGCUUUGCAUCAUUCGCUGAUAUUUUUUCAGCCUUGGUUAGUCCCUGUAAGCUAAAGCUGAUUCUGUAAAUGGUGCAAAUUAGUGUUAAGAAAGGAGGGCAAUCUGGAAAUCCAUCCAAGCUUUGCGUCAUU